ACAUUCUCGGUGAUCCGAUUCACCGAACCCUCGUCAGCCGCUGGCGCAAUCAGUCAUGUUCCGCGUCUCCGACUCAUGAUCUCUAUGCGUGUCCGUUCACUUGCUCCAAACCAAACAGACCAAGAAGAUCAUACUACGAACCAGUCAAACCCAGCGGACCAGUGGGUAGAUGUGGUACGCGAAGCCGAAUGUCGUCUCUCGGAGGAAGAAAACAGUGCCUCGUCCUCAACCACUGACCUGACAUCGGGUACCAGCAAUACCCAUGCAAAACAGACACGUGUUGUUUCUACCGACGGUAUAUUGUCUUUGAGCCUUGAGCAAAAUGUGAUCCAAGAUCUGCUUCGUCUUCCGGAAGAUUUCCAGUUUCCUGCUGUUGUCUCAGCCAAUAUACUGCGUUACGAUCCUCUUGGUUGGCAGGAACAUGGCAUGACGCUGAUCGAGACAGAUACGGACGACUGA